AGGUUUGGUUUCCAUGCACUUCUUUACUAUGCAAUAAUUCUGAAAAUAGUCAGCUCAGAUCCUCAGAGCUGGAUUGAUAUUGACGCGGAAAAGGAAGUGAGAGCUGGGAAAGAUGAUUUGAUACUCAUAUGCCGAGUACCAAUAGGGCGACUGUCAGAAAUCAACAGGAAUUUUAACAUCCAGUUGAACAAGAAAGAUCUAAACGGACAAAACGAAAAAUCACUGGUAUCUAUUGACUAUGACGUCAUAAAAUGGAAGGAUGAGGGGUUCGGUCGAAGACCCGGGGUUAAAGUGACGGGGCUGGUGAAAGUGCUGGGUAUCCCAGGGCUAUCCCUUGUGAUAGACAGAAAUGAGAUCGGGUGUGGGAGGGACUCUGGGGUCUACUUCUGUGCCAUGACAGCCAUUAAAAAGGAUCUCAGUGUGGUUGCCAAUGCUAGAAGUGAAGAAUUAACGAUUGUGGUUACAAAACCACCAGAAAACCUGGGACCUAUUUUAUUUCGUGACAGUAAUGGGUUGGAAUUACCAUCACGGAAUUUUUCCGAGGGCACGAGUAUUGUUCUGUAUUGUGCAGGAGAUGCUUACCUUAAUUCUGGAAUAAGAUGGUGUAUCAAGCGAGAAAAAGACACAACUUUUGCAGUCAUUCAUGACAACACAACAACAAGGUCGAUGUCCCAUAAUGGUUAUCAUUACAAACAACACAGUUCUCUAUCACUGGAAGUAACAUCGGAUGACUCGAAUACGGAAGUGCUAUGUGAAUCCGGAUACGAAACUCUUUGUGGAACCGGAACGGCGAACGUCACUUCUUCUUUUAUGUUCUACUCAUCAUAUGAAACAUCCACAACAAAUGUCGAUGACACAUAUUCAACAUUUAAUGGUCAUGCAACUUUGAAUGAAUUGACCACGGAGAGCACACCAAACGAACCAUCUUCUCUGCAAAAUAGAUACUCCUCGUCACCCUUUACAACUGAAGAAUUUUCUUCUACUGAUGAAUCACUUAAGUCUACAAACAUGUUCGUUCAAAAGUUUUCAAAUUCAUCCACAGAGUCCUCCAACACGAUACAAAUGUCAUCCGUUAAAGCGCUUACACCUGAUGAAACUGAUGUGCUCUCUACCACCGCUUCUCCUGACAUUAGAACUGAAGGGUUCUCUACCUCUACCCCGCCUGCCUAUAAAACAACCGCAGUCCCUUAUUCUUCGACCCUCCUCAGUAAAACUAUUUCAACAGACGAAACCACAGAAUCGAUCAUAAACAGACAAAGUACUUUAUACAUGCGAGAAAAUAUAACCGACGGAACCAAAAAUACAACACGAUCUCCUUUAUCGGGAGCAACUUUAGAGUUUCAUUCAAGUGAACCGUUUCCAACCAAAAUUUCUACAGAAGAAAUGCUUACUACAGAUAUUGAAAAAACAAUCAAAACUUCGUCCUUUACUAAUUGGGAAACCACGGUCCAUGUGGACAAUUUUACAGAAAUUACUGUAGAUUUAGAGAAUAAAACGCAAAACAGCGUAGUUUACGUCGAAACAACUACCUAUAAUGGAACCAAUUCAAACACAACAUCAGGUUCAGAACCUAAACUUUUCGACACAACUACUGAAAAGAUCUCUUUAAAUUCGAAACACGCACAAACCACGGAGAAUGAAUAUUCAACUACAGACACUUUUACGCAGGAAUCAGCACAAAUCAGCAUUUUAAAACCGAAUUUUCAGGAUGGCCAAAGCACUCAAUCGGUGCUACAUUCUACGGUCAACAAUGGCAAGAAAUACACUGAAAUCACACCAUCAAAUAACAUCGAAGUUUUUAACUCCAGCGUCUUUUCUUUGCUAUUCUUAACAACCAUGCCUGUGGAUGCGAAAGUACCGUACAGAACAGACAAAAGUACAUUAUUGACAGAUUCUACUAAUACAAAAAUGUUCUCUUCGUCCGUUUCUAGUACUGCUUAUAGUACAUCAGCUAUAUCUAAACCCAUCCAGAGUACGGACUCAUCGGGAAGGACAACAGAGAUAGAUCAAACUAGUACAAUUCCAAGAAGAACACAGGAAAUUGACCGUAUAACCUCUUCAUUUAUGCCAGUCACAAAUACCUCAGCUUUAACUGCAAUGGUAGCUUCUGCUGUUUCAGGUGAUCACAAGACUAGUGGAAUAAACGCACCUUUUACCGGUCGACCUACAUUUCAAAGCAAUUCAGUACAGCCUCUUACAACGUCGAUGACCUUGACGACCCGUUUUCGAAACGGAAUCCAGCGUAAAACACCAACAGUUACUUCUUCAAUAAAAACAUCCAAAAAGACAAAUCCAAUCCAUUUGAUUAUGACGACAUCGAAAACAAGAAGACCCAGGCCUAAUAAACAUCCGAUACACCAAAGUACGAAUUUUCCAAGGCAAACGGCGAAGACAAGAAGACCUAAACAACCAAACAGAACAACCAACGUGCCAUAUGGCCUCAUGACGAGCACAGCACCAUCUAAAACUACGGACAUUCCCGCAAAAUGGCGCACGAUUCAGUUGACGGUUAUGACUGCCAUGUCGGUGACUGUUGUUGUAACCAUGGCGAUAGGAUUAGGACUGAUUUGGAAAGCAAAGUUACAGAUAGCUGCUAUAAAAAUUAAACCUUCUUUGGUCCAUGUGUAGUUCUUAGAUUUGGCUUCCAAUUAAA